AAUUGCUCUCUCAAUUUCUCUCUCCUCCCGCUUCUGCUUCUCUCCCUUAACAAGAACCAUGAGCUCCUCCGAUGGCGGCUCCUCUAGGGUUUCGAUUCCUUACCAUCUCCGCAAAACCCUUCAGAAAAUCAGAGAGUAUACCGGAAAGCAGCACUCGGAUGAGGAUAUCUUUGCCGUCUAUAAGGAUUCCUUCAAUGAUCCUCAUGAGACCGCUCAGAAGCUCCUCUUCUUAGAUACAUUUCAUGAGGUGAGAAGUAAAAGGGAGAAAAAGAAGGAGCCUAUAGUGCCAGUUACACAACCAAGUGGCAGAGGUGGUCGGAGGAACUUUGCUUCAAGUAACUCUUAUCAAGGUAGUGGAAGAAAUGCUUCUUUUAAAAGGGAAAAUGGAGCUAAUCAUGUAACAAGAGGUUCUAGAACUGCUCAGCCUGCCACUAACAAAGCAAGCAACAUCACAGUACCUAAUGAAACAAAGGUUUCUGGUCCUGCUAGUAUUCCGAGUGAGGUCAGCAAUCAUAAAGCUCAAGAUGAUCCUUCUUUGAUUUCUGCUUCACGUUGCAGUAGCAAGUCAGAUCAAGCCAUUGAAAUUGAGACUGCGUCCAAACAAGGCAAAAAUCAAUCGCUUCCUAAGCCAGAUGUUAGCGAACAGUCACACGUAACAUUCCCUUUCCACCUUCAGGUUGCCAAAGGACUGCAAAAUGGUCUGACGUUUGGCAGUUUUGAUUCCAAUUUUGUGAAAGAGGUAUCUUCUAGCAAUGGUGCUAGUGGGGGAUAUGACUCAAAUUUUGAGUCUUCUCACGGGACAGGGGAUGAUGAGAGGGAAUCUUCUCCCACUACCAAUGGUAUUACUGGGGUUGCUUCGGCUAGAGAAGAAACAUCAACAGUUUCUGAAGAUAAGGAUUAUGGGAUAUCAAAUUCUGCAACUGGAGCUGAGCCUGUGGUGCACUCGGAUCACAUUGUCCCACCUGUAGAAGAAGUACCGAAGGAGGAAGCUUUAUCAAACACAGAAACUCAUCAAAUUGCUUAUGGUCAAGAAGCUCCACUCAGUGUGUUUGGUCUUGUCCCCUCGUUGUCAGCAAUAGGCCAACCCGUUAACACAGAAGCAGCGGAGACUCAGCCCGGAAAUUCCAACUCUCCACCUAUUUCAUUAGUAUCAUAUCCUCCAGAUCAGAGCUCCAUAGCAGCAGCCACUCAACAGACAAAUUUUCUUAGGCAGCAAUACCCUCCCAAUUUCUUCCCUUACGGCUAUUACUCACCGUAUUAUAUGCCACCGCCGUACAUUCACCAGUUCUUGAGCCCAAACGGGAUCCCUCAGCAGUCUUAUUUUCCACAAGGAGCUGCUCUAACAGCACCUUCUCAUGCAAAACCAGUUGACAACACUGAAAACCCUCCCACCACAAACCCUUACCUACACACUUCUCCCAUGGUUGCUAGCAGCAUCCCAUCUACAACCACCUUAAAUUCUAUCCAUAGUGAAGAAAAGGCAUCUCACCUGACUGAAAGUGCAGCUGCAUGGAUUGGGCAGGGAUUUGGCAACCUGCAGGUGAAUCCAAUGUAUAACCUAGCAUACCAAGGUCAGCCACUUGGUUUUCCAGUCGUGCAGGCUGGUCAUGGUGGCCUCAUGGGAAUGCACCAACCAACACAGCCCAUGGCAGCUGCUUCAACUACAUAUCAGACCUUACCACCACCGCCACACACAACAACGGCUAUGGGUGAACCCAUAGGACACCCGCACAUUGCUUAUCAGCAACCUCAAGCUGCUCUAACGAAUUGGGUUAACAACUAUUAGGUCAAGGGGAAGCAGCUAUAAAGAUACACAUCAAAUGCGUAAAAGAGAUGUAGAAGUCUGGAUUUUUGGGUGUAAAUACUUAGGAACCAUCAUCCCCAGAGAAAUUUAGGUUGACAAUUACAAGAGGGAAGAAAGAUGUGCAUCAAUGUAGCAAACCUUUUACCUUAUUUUUUGUUGUGAGACUAUACAGAAAAUACAUAAAGAAUGUUUGGGAAGAUCCUUUUGGAAACGUUUUUUGAAGCUGUGACUGCUCUCUAUAUGCCUGCCUAGUUUGUCUCUCUAUUCCUAGCUUUUUACAAACUAUUUGCUGUGACUUAGCUGAAUCAGCUUUAGGCUCUCUUUA